AUGAAUAUAGUAUGCGGCGUUUGCGGAACGCACAGCACUAAAGCAGACUACUACUGUGGACCAUGCAUAAAUUUCAAGAUUUUGAAGCUGAAAUUGAAUAUGACCAAUCUGUGCUAUCUCAACGAGACAUUCGGGUAUGAAAUUGAUAAGGUUCUGCAAGAUUGCAUCAAUGGUUACAGCUCCAAAGUGCUGAGAAAGUACAUGGAAGGGGAGCUACAGGCCGCUGUGGGCUCAAGAGAGAAAUUGAGCCCUUCAACAGAAGCAAUUGCUAGACUCGCCUACAUGCUCCUCGCGGUGGAAUUGUCACAACUUAAGAAAAACCUCACGCAGGUUGAUGAGACAUUGAAGCAACAAAAGCUUGCCAACAUGCAUCUCAGAGCAAAAGUGGAGGAAAUGAGGGCUUCCAAGAUUGAAAAGGCUGACAGGAUUCAUACAAAGAAGCAGGAACUAACAGAAAAACAUCAAGAACGUCUCGAACAGAUUCGCGCCACCAUAAGGGAAAUUGAAGUAGACAAGUUGGACAAGACAGCCAGACUAAUCAAACUAGCGGAAAACCAGCAUUUUCAACAGCUGGUGAAGGUGUCAAGCUACGAGAACCUGAAAGCUGUUAGGAAGUCUGACUUGUCGAAAUCCAAGCUACCAAGCCUCGAACGGUUGAACUAUAAUCUCAUGAACCUACGAAACAAAAACGUUUCGAAGCCGGUUGGGUUCAGGAAUGCAAUAUUUUUCAGCCCGGUUCUUCCCUUAUCACAAUACUUGUAUUAUACAUCUGAGGUGGUGAUCACUUCUAUUACCAAGGUUGCUCAAUUUGUGUCAUUGUCGAUUGAGUAUCUCAAUAUUGAUGUGCCAUAUAGGGUUGUCAGGUCGACGCCGUUCAUAUACAUAGUCGAGGACGCAUCCGAAUCAUACUCAUUAACGCUUGGACCGCCCGGCGAGAAUCCCGAGCGAACCAACAGCUUAUUCGAGUCCACUAAUCAGGACUUGACUCGAUUUUGUGGCGCACUAGCUAGAUUGCUUAUCAAUAUGGUAGUACUCAUCAACGCUACAAGGCAAAUACCAUUACGAUUUGAGAACUUGGUGAACGUCGAUGAAUUACUACAGCUUCUUGUUGGAGAAGUGCCUAAUCUCAACUGGACUGUGCAAGAGCAUGUUCCUGACCAACGAGAAGACAACAAACCUACACCUCGCAGGUCCAUAUUUAAUUUUUGGAGCAAAAGAAGACGAUCAAAUGCUAAUUUACAUGCGUCGCAAGAAAAGGAAUUGGAAGAUGGCUCGCAAGAAGCACUUGAAAUGUCUCUCUACAAUAGCCAACACCUAGUGGAGUACCUUCAGGACCAAAAAAUUAACAUCCAAUCGAAAAUAGCUAAUAGCAUUAUUGCCCCCUCCCCAUCAGCUUCCACUUCUCUUGGAGCCACAUCACUUUCCACCAGUAAUGGAAGCACCAAUACGCCAGUGGUGCCGGAAUGGUCGUCCGAGAUUUCUCCCAUACCUGAUCCUGACUGGCUGUCAUCGAAACUACAUGCCUAUUUUGUGACAGAAAUCUUGAAGGUACUAGACAGAGAAAACGGGUCAAGCCAGCUGGCCAAUGGAGGCCUCUCGGCUUCUAGCACUUCGACAUACCAGCAAAUCAACUACAACUCACAGAAUACCGACUCCACAGCGUCUCGCUACAAAACAGCGCCUUUGCACUCGACAAAUACCGCUCCUGUCUAUCAAUCGAGUAUUCCACCACCAUCAAGAAGCCGGUUCCAUCACUACAAGCAUUCCAGGCAGGCCAAAACAGACAACUGGGAAGUUAUAUAG